CUCGUACCGCCUACCGCUCUAACCCGCGCACCACACCUCUCGGUUCUCUCUCUCUCUCUCCCACUCCCACUCCCACCGAUACCUGCACCACCACCAUCAGCGGCCUGGGUUGGCGACCAUUUGUUAUUAUUAAACCCGGACCCCGUCCGACCACCCCCCUUCCAUCUAAGAAAGACCCUUCUCGGUCUCCCUCACACUCCUUUCUCUGUGUCGUGCAGAGUUGUCGUGAGGAGUUUGGAAAUAGCUUCCUCGACCUCGAAUCACAAUUCCGAAUACCCUCAACCUCCUCCUUACCCUCCCGACCCGACUUCGACUCUCCUCUGUCUUCCUACGAGGAGCCCUCCGAAAUCUACAUCCCGAGAAAAGAGAGCCACUGUCCCCGGUGAGCUAUCUCUAUCUCGCUUCACGCCAGAAACACCAAGGAGAAAAAAACUGUGA